AUGCCACCCCCCGUCACGUUCAUCCUUGACCCGGAGCUCUUUAACCCGGGAUUUUACGCCUCAAUCCUCCGCUUUUGGCUACCAACUUACCCAAAGCCCAGUUCCCAAUUCACACAAUCAGACGUCCUUCGAUGGUUUGGCUCGUCCUCGUCCACAGACGAGCAAGUUUGCACUCUUGCUGGGCGCGCUCUUUCCAGCACUGGUCCAGAAAAUCUGAUUCUCCCUCCUUUUACAAGCUUUGAAGGAGAUCGAACCCUGUACGAUGAGAUAGCUGCGCCAUUUAUUCGUCAUCUUCACUCAUCAAACGAGGAUAGCGGAACAAUCCCAAACAACGCACACUCUGCCCUUGCCCUGUCCAUUCUGCUAGACCAAUUUCCACGAAACGUCUACCGUGGUCAAGCUGCUGUAUACACCCAUUAUGAUCGUCUAGCCCGUGCCGCUGCUGCCAAAAUCCGCUCAGUUGGUCUAGACCACGCUGAAUGUUUCGCCAAAUCCCCUGUCUGGCGGAUCUGGCUCUACAUGAACCUUGAGCACAGCGAGUCCGUCUCAGACCAUGAGAUGUUUCAGUCCGCUCUAGGGGAGAUGCUGGAGAUAUCGAAAACGGAAGGGGAUGAGAUGGGUUCAAGAUUUGUGGAAAGAGCGAUGGAAUUUGAACAGAAAAUCUGGAGCCGUUGAAAAAGUUUGGGCGAUUUCCCUGGAGGAAUAAAGGAUUAGGGAGGGACAGCACGGAGGAGGAGAGAAAGUGGCUAGAUGAUGGGGGAGAUAGUUUCGGGACAAGUUGAUGCAGGAAAAUCAGCGUUAAUUCGUAAUGUGC